AUGGAUAACAUAUAUAACUUAACUUACGACAACUUAACGUACGAUGAUACAGAAUUAAAUUGCGAACAUAAUUUAUCGUUUAUCGCUAUAAUUAAUCAGAUACUCUAUUCCGUUGUUUUUAUCGUUGGACUUCUUGGAAAUACUUUGGUCAUUUAUGUUAUUCUAUGCUUUGCGGGCAUGCAGACUGUCACAAAUAUGUACAUUGUGAACUUGGCGAUCGCAGAUGAGUGCUUCCUCCUCGGUAUACCAUUUUUAGUAACGACGAUCAGUUUACGUGAUUGGAUCUUCGGUAACAUUAUGUGUAAAGUGUAUAUGAUAACAACAAGUAUCAAUCAGUUUACCAGCAGCAUAUUUCUACUCAUCAUGAGUGCCGAUCGCUACAUCGCUGUAUGCCACCCGAUUUCAUCCCCGAAGAUGCGGACGCCUUUCAUCUCAAAAAUAAUUUCGCUUUCAGCUUGGGUUACUAGCGUUCUCCUCAUGACACCGAUAUUUCUUUAUGCAAACACCAAAGAAUACAUAGAUGGUACUGUCAGUUGCAACAUUUAUUGGCCUAAUGAUCACGGCGGUCAUAUUACUUUUACGUUUUACAUGUUUAUCUUAAGCUUCGUCGUUCCUUUGAUAUUCAUAGUGGUUUUCUACUCACUGGUGAUAAAAAAACUGCGAACGGUGGGACCAAAAAAUAAAUCAAAAGAGAAGAAAGAAUCACAUCGAAAAGUCUCCAGGCUGGUCUUAACAGUGAUCGUUGUAUACGUCUUCUGUUGGUUACCUUAUUGGGUUACUCAAGUGGCCUUGAUAUAUACCCCUCCAAAAAAAUGUCAAACUAAUAUUGGUAUUGCAACUUUCCUGUUAGCUGGUUUCCUGAGUUAUAGCAAUAGUGCUAUGAAUCCGAUUCUAUAUGCGUUUUUAAGUGACAAUUUUAAAAAAAGUUUUGUUAAGGCAUGUUGUGCUAAAAAGGACACUAACGCGAUACUGAACAAUGAAAAUAGUGUGUUUCCACGAAAAAAAAUUAAUAGAUUACAACGUGAUCAAAUAAUAGCAGAUGGAUCGUCUAGAAUGGACUUUGACAAUGAGGAGACGGACAGAGGAUUUCUUAGCAAGACAUCUACCACUACAGUAACAAUGACAUCAAGAUCAAACAUUGAGAUAACAGUGAGCAGUGAUUACAAGGAUUCGUCACAAAGGAAUAAAGAUUUAAAUAAGAAUGAUGCGCAAGUAACUCUGUCGACGCAAGUUUGACUGAGCGCGAGUGUGAUGUAGUAGACAGACUCGGUUUGCUACUAGUGUACAAUUCGCAAACAAUUGGGACAUACACUGAAUAAAGGUAAAAUAAACGUAAAUGUUUUAAUUAAGUGAAUUUUCUUCAAUGCAAAAGUUGAGUAAAUAAUGAAAGUACAGAAGAAAACCAGUUACAAGUAUUCUUUUCCUCUCCCUGGUCAUGAAUUACAGACAGUAAGUAGACAGGGGAAUAAAGGGAAAACGGAGGAUGA